CGCCCACCGCAAACACUGUAAACACAUCAGCUGAGCGGAGACAUGGUGCAGCUGUACUGCUGGGGAGACAGCACCAGUGGACAGUUCGGUCCUCAGGAAGCCCUCAGUCCGACUUCGUGGACUGUCCCCGGGGUCAUAACCAGCAUCUGCUGCGGGGACCGGUGCACUUUAUUCCUGACUCGGGAUGGAGGCGUUUUAUCAUGCGGACACAACUCACAGGGACAACUUGGACGAAAGAAACAUAAAGAUGGAAAGACGCCAGGUCGUGUGGAGGGGCUGGGCAAUGUGGUGUCGAUAGCGUGCGGACAGGACCACUGUCUGGCUGUGUGUGCAUCUGGACAGGUGUUCUCCUGGGGGGCAGGAGACAAUGGGCAGCGAGGCAUUUUACCAAAUCUACUGUGCGACAGACUAAGUCAGGUGCCGAUGCCACUGCAAAUAAUAGUGAUUCAAGUUGCUUGUGGGAACUCCCACUCUCUGGCACUGACUAAUGGAGGCGAUGUGUUCUCUUGGGGGUUGAACAGUCAUGGUCAGCUGGGUCUGGGGAAAGAGGUUAUGCUGCAGUAUGUACCAGUCCUGGUAUGUGCUCUGAGCGGCGUAGCGGUGACCCAGAUUUCAGCCGGAGCGACCCACUCUCUGUUCCUCACACUCCCAGGCCUGGUCUACUGCUGUGGGGCCAAUAAAUCUGGCCAGCUGGGGCUCAACAGGGUGGAUGAGAAGGGCAGGUUCAACAUCUGUAUGGUACCUGCCCUCAGACCUCUAGGUGUCUCCUUCAUAAGCUGUGGAGAGGCACACUCUGCUGUGUUAACAAAGAAUGGCAAGGUUUUCACUUUUGGAGAGGGAAGCUACGGUCAGCUCGGUCACAAAUCCUCUGCUAAUGAAGUGGGACCCAGACUGGUCAAAAGUCUUGACGGACCCGCCUCCCAGAUUUCAUGUGGCAGACGUCACACUCUGGUUUUGGGCACCUCCGGCCAGCUGUGGGCUUUUGGCAAUGGAGCCAAUGGUCAAAUUGGGACUGGAAGGCCAGAGGACAGUCUGACUCCCACUCUGGUACAUUUUCCAUGGACCGCUGAUAGUGCAGCAGCCACACCCAAAGACUUGAAAAUAUCAGCUGGGUGGAACACAAGCUUCACUUACACUUCGCCUACACAGAGCUUGGACCGGGGACAGAUAACUGGGCGUCUUGAUGAAACAAAACUGCAAAGAUGGCUGUCAAUGAGACAUGGCAACGCAGAGGCGAAGAGAGAAAUCUCUGCGAUGUUUCUGACGAGUUCAAGUCUUGUUGCAAGUUUCACAAAGCCUGAUGGGCCUCCAUCUGAAGCAGACGUCUUAACUGUGGACCUUGAAGCAGCCAGCCAAGCUUUCGACCAGCUGCUGGCAAUACCAUGGAUCAAACAAUCAGUAAACCUUAAACGCCUGAUUGACGUGCUUUUGGCAUCGACAACUGCCCUAAAAUCACCAGAGAUCCUCUUGAUUCUGCUGACAUGUCCCCUUUUCCAAGAGGAGACUAAUGUCAUGACCGGGGCGUUGAUGUUGGCCGUCAUUAUUGGAGAACUGCCUGAGAAAACUCUGGCAACACUAAGACGCUGCUGGUCUUCCCUGUCACCCGCCAUACUGAUGAGACACGUCUUGGUGUUCAGAAACGCCCUGGCCUUCAUGCUAAGAAAUGGCCUCUUGGCAACUCACAACCCAGGAGUCAAAUACCUGCUGGAAGCCCUCAAGCUACUCUACAAAGCAAACAAAGCUCGAAAGUCUUACAAAGUCCCACUGAGCACCUUUUAUGUCGAGGAAAUCAGAACAAGUGUGAUGCCAGUCACUGAUGUUACACUUUGGAAUCAAUUUUCUAAAGUCGAGGAUGACGUCAACACACCCGCCAUCUUCUGCCGCUACCCAUUCCUUUUCACCCUGGUUUGCAAGGUGACGGUCUUCAACAUCCAUUCAUCCUUAAUGAAGGACGUGCAACGUGUGAUUCAUAGUAUGGCUUCGUGGUGUCCUGAGGAGUUCUGGUUAGAUGGCCCAGACGCUGCCCCGGCCCCGGUCUUCCAGCUAACUCUGAGACGAACUCACCUGGUCGAGGACACCUUCAGACAGCUCAGGACUGCCGACCACUGCGCUUUCAAAAGGGAGCUUUUGGUGCAAUUUGCAGAAGACCGGAAGUUGACGAAUGUCAACAAAAGAGACCUCUUCCUGCAUGUGUUUGAUGAUCUGAUGGCUCCUGAGUCUGAAAUGUUCAUGUACAAUGAGAGCAACACUCUGGCUUGGUUCCCUCCCAGGCCAAAAGUGGAGGAGAAGACUUACUUCCUGUUUGGCGUUCUGUGUGGCCUGGCUCUUUACAACCACAACAUUGUCCACAUGCCCGUCCCACUGGUCCUCUUCAAGAAGCUGCUGAGAGUCAAACCCUCACUGGACGACAUGAAGGAGUUUGAGCCUGUCAUGGCAGAGUCUUGGAGGUGCAUGUUGGAGGACUACGCCCCUGAUAUCAUCAAAAAAAUGGAGAUUCCUUUCACUGCGACCUGGGGCGGUGAGGAAGUUGAGCUUGAUCCGACGGAAACUGGAAAACUUGUCACAGCGGCGAACAAGAAAGAGUUCGUAGACACCUUCAUCGACUAUGCCUUCAACAAAUCAGUGGCGGGAGUGUUCGAAGAGUUUAAGAAGGGCUUCUUCAAGGUGUGCGACAUCGACGUGGUGGAGUUCUUCCAGCCCGAGGAGUUGCAAGCAGUGAUGGUGGGCCAAGAAAACUACAACUGGGACGUGUUGAAGGAGAACACCGUUUAUGAAGGAGAAUACCACGAGCAGCAUGCAAACAUCGUGACCUUCUGGGAGGUGUUUGAGAAACUGACGGCAGAGGAAAAGAAAAAGUUCCUUCUGUUCGUCACAGGCUGCAACCGGGUUCCCUUCCUGGGCAUGGAGAGCAUCAAGAUGAGAGUCGCUGUCUUGCUCGACGCCACUGAGAUCCAUUUGCCAGAAUCUCUCACCUGUCAUUGUCUGUUGUUACUGCCCAUCUACCAGAGGUACCCGGUCCAGAGGACGAUGAAGACCCGGCUCCGUGAGGCUAUUAAUCACAACAGAGGCUUCUGGAAGAAAGUAGACACUACAGAAUGAAGUCUGCGUCAUUCAACUUUCUGUUUUCAAAUUCUAUAUUGAGCAUUAUUUAAACUAUUACAAAGAAUUAGAACCAGCAUUCCCACAUAUUCAUUUAGCUUUGGCGAGUCACAAUAAAUAGGCACAGGUUUCUAAAGAUUGUAAAGAUAUGUUAUGUUUGUGUGAUAAAGAAAAACUAAAAUGUGUGUUCACCAGGAAAUGCAUUACUGCCUUGCUAUUUGUACCUAAAUAACUGACUAAAUAAAUACAUUUCUCUUCAA